CGUCAAAACUGUGUUUUAUUUACAAAAGUGAUGCCGGCUGUUUUAAAGUAUCGUUCCCAGUUGUUUUAAACCGUUUUUCGUAAUUUUUGGCUCUAUCUCUCGCCUAUUUCCGUGUGGUUUUUACACUACGCGUAUAAUGGCGAGCUCGGCUAACUCGAACCCAGUGCCUAAACUAUACAAGUCUGUCAUUGAAGAUGUGAUCAAUGAAGUGCGAGAGCUGUUCCUGGACGAGGGAGUCGAUGAGCAAGUGCUUCUGGAGCUGAAGACGCUAUGGGAGAACAAACUGUUGCAGUCCAAAGCAGUGGAGGGCUUCCACACCGAGGAGCAGGCAGCUCUGCAGGCCGCUCAGCAACAGCAACAACAGCAGCAGCAAGUUCAGCAGGUCCAACAAGUGCAGCAGGUGACUCAGCCAGCGCAGGCUCAGCAGGUCAUCCUCCCUCCACCGCAGCAGCAAGCUCCCCAGCAGCAAGUUAUUGUUCAGGAUUCCAAGAUUCUACAGCAUAUGAGUGCAACAGGGAUGAGUGCAGCAGCUACCGCAGCAGCCCUUGCUUUGCCCACAGGGGUCACCCCGUACCAACAGCUCAUCACCAGCCAAGGCCAGAUCCUGCAGGUAGUCCGUGCUGCUAAUGGGGCUCAGUUUAUCAUCCAGCAGCCCCAGCAGCAGAUCCUUCUGCAGCAGCAGAUGCAGCCAGGUGGUGUCCAGGCCCCAGUCAUCCAACAGGUUUUGACUCCUCUCCAGGGAGGCCUUCCUCAGCAGACAGGAGUUAUCAUCCAACCACAGCAGAUUGUCUUAGGUUCAGGAAACAAAGUUCAAGGCAAUACACAGGUGAUGCAGGCAGCAGCCAUGGCACCACAGCCUGGUCAGGCAGCAGCUCAGGUCCAGCAGGUCCAGCAGGCCCAGGGUGCAGCUGCACCACAGGUCACCACCCAGCCCCAGGCCCAGCAGCAGGCCCAGGCCCAACCCCAACCUCAGGCCCAGCAGCCUCCCAUGAUGCUGCAGGUGGAUGGAGCCGGAGACACUUCCUCAGAGGAAGAUGAGGAUGAGGAAGAAGAGUAUGAUGAAGACGAUGAGGAGGAGAAAGACAAGGAUGGGGGAGAAGAUGGGCAGGUGGAGGAGGAGCCUCUGAACAGCGGGGAUGAUGUCAGCGAUGAGGAGGACCAGGAGCUGUUUGAUACAGAGAAUGUAGUGGUCUGCCAGUAUGACAAGAUUCACAGAAGUAAGAACAAAUGGAAAUUCCACCUGAAGGACGGGAUCAUGAAUCUGAACGGGAGAGACUAUGUCUUCUCCAAAGCCAUUGGGGAUGCUGAGUGGUGAAGUAGACAAAAGAAGAAAAAAAAACAGACAAAGCAACAGGAGCAGGGACUCUGUAACUCCUUCUAUCCAGUUAACAGACACUUCAAUAUCCUUCCAUAUCCUGUGACUGGAUUGAUUUCAGGAAACUUCUUCUGAGACUUUGAGAAUCUGACAAACCCAAAGGACUGUGAGGUACUGUAAACCUGGGUGUCGUCAGGAACACUCGACUCGCCUUGUGGGGGAAGGGGAAAGCCUGCAAAUGGUCAUUUUUAUUUUUCUUCCUCCAGGCAUCUUUACCUUUUUCCCCGAUUGAAUUCAGUCAUUGCAAAAUAAGCAUUUUCACAUCAUACAGGUGUAGUGGACCAGGGUGGCCUGACCUGCCCCGCCACAGGAGGUCAGAAGUUAUUCAUCGUGACCCCGUAGAUGGAAAAACAAACACCUUCAUUAAUGCACUGUAGUCGGUUGACUGGAUCGAAAUUGAAGUCAUAACUUAGUGCCACCAGUCAAUUUUGCUGCCUUUAGAACGGCCAGAAUCAACUUUUGGCUUUGAAUUUCUUUUUUCUUUUUUUUUUUUUUUCUUUUUUCGUUAUCGGAUCAUAAUUCUGUCUCAAUUCAUGUUUAUGAACAUGGUGCUCCAGAGUGUUUUAUUUAGGUAUUGUUUUAAACAUUUUUUUUAAAAAAUGUCUUUGAUGAAGGUUUAAGAAAACAAAGUUGAAAUUACACGGAUCUUUAAAAGUGAGUAAUAGUUUUUAAAACUCUUCUGAGGAGUGGUGAAUCCAAACCAGUAUCGUUGCUUUUACCCUUGGCUUCUCUGGAGCUUCAUUCCAUCUUAAGAAAAAUAUAUAUGAAAAGAAAAAAAAAAGGAACAGAUCCAACACUGAAAUCAUUUGAGAAUUGUACAAAACGUCUGUGAGUCUGUCCCGUUGGUGUAUCCUCUUUGCUUUUAAUUUAGUUCUCUGCAGCCGUCGCAAACAUUUGCACUGUCAGUUUAUCAAUGUGUUGUGAAAUCAGUCGGGCAAGUUAAAAAGUAGCCACAGUGUGUUUUGUCUGUGGGGGUGUGUGUGUGUGUUUGUUUGAAGGAAAGUGACUGACUGUACAGGCAUGUAGUGAGUGUGCACGUAUGUAUGGUGUGUGUGUGUGUGUGUGUGUGUCACUGAUUUUCUCUGGAAAUCUAUUAGUAAUUCUUUUCUUGCACACCCAAUAAUCUUCAAAACGUCACGUUUUAACAGUAAAAUUUCACCUGUAACGUUCUCUUUUUUUUCUUUGUUUUUUUUUUGGUGGGGGCAUGGUGGAGAUUUUUGUUUUUCUAUUUAUUCCUGAAAGUUGAUUAACUGUUCUAAUUCUUUGAAAGGUUGGAAAGCCGCACCAAACUGUGCUCUUAUAAUCUAAGUGUUCCUUUUUUUUCUGUUGGCUGGACAAAGCUGCAUAACGCCGUGUUCCAAAUCAUUUCGUCCACCAUAUGUUUUCCUGUGCUUUUCAUUUUAUUCAUGACUUUUAAAAUGAGAAUAUUUUCUAUCAAAGUGAAUUUAACCAGGGGGCCCGUGUGUUUCUCUGCAGUUUGUUUUUAGUGCCCCUGUUGCAGCAAUUUGAAAUAAAGUCUGUGUUUUUUGGC